GCAGUCAGAGAGGAAUAAGAAGGCAAGGAGAGGAGAGGCGUCUCCUCACUGCCUUUCCUUCUACAAAAUGCUGAACAUUUAUCAGAUGAUCAUGGCAUAUAAAACUUUGCUUACAGUUUUCCUAACUUUGAUGCUCAGUGUAUGUAUCGAGACACAACAGAGAGGUCUGUUUCCUGCAGUUCUUAAUCUUGCCUCUAAUUCCAUAAUCACAGCAAAUGCCACAUGUGGAGAAAAUGGACCAGAAAUGUUUUGCAAGUUGGUAGAACAUGUUCACGGGCAGCCUCAGCGCCAUCCUCAGUGUCGUACCUGUGACCAGAAUGCCGCCGAUAGAAGCUUGCAUUAUCCAAUCACACAUGCCAUCAAUGGGAAAAGAUCCUGGUGGCAAAGCCCAAGCAUUAAAAAUGGAAUAGAGUAUCAUUAUGUGACUAUUACAUUGGAUCUCCAACAGGUUUUCCAGAUUGCUUAUGUUAUCAUAAAAGCUGCCAACACCCCACGGCCUGGAAACUGGAUUUUACAGAGAUCUAUCGAUGGUAUUACUUACAAGCCGUGGCAGUAUUAUGCUCUCACCGACAGCGAGUGCCUGACCCGGUAUAAUAUUAUCCCACGAAUUGGUACACCCUCAUACACACAGGAUGAUGAAGUCAUCUGCACAUCUUAUUAUUCAAAGAUUCACCCACUUGAAAAUGGAGAGAUUCACACAUCACUAAUUAACGGGAGACCAAGUGCUGAUGAUCCUUCUCCAACACUUCUGGAAUUUACAUCAGCUCGCUAUAUUCAAUUGAGAUUACAAAGGAUCCGGACUCUAAAUGCUGAUUUAAUGAUGUUAGCUCACAGUGAUCUAACAGACAUAGAUCCCAUCGUCACCAGAAGGUAUUUCUAUUCCAUAAAAGAUAUUUCUGUGGGCGGCAUGUGCAUCUGCUACGGUCAUGCAAGGGCUUGUCCAUGGGAUCCAAGGACUAAUAAAUCAUCCUGCGAAUGUGAGCACAAUACAUGUGGGGCUAGCUGUGAUAAAUGCUGUCCUGGGUACCACCAAAAACCUUGGCGUGCUGGAACUUUCCUUACAAAACAUGAGUGUGAACCAUGCAAUUGUCAUGGAAAGACAGCGGAAUGUUACUAUGAUCAAGCAGUAGCAGACAAGAAUCUGAGUUUGAAUAUUCAUGGCGAAUAUAAUGGAGGUGGAGUUUGUAUUGAUUGUACAGAGAACACGGCUGGAGUCAACUGUGAGACUUGUAAAAAUAAUUUCUACCGGCCACAAUGGCUGUCAUCGACUCAUUCCAAUCCUUGCCGGCCAUGUGCUUGUGAUCCAGUUGGCUCUUUACAUGAUGUGUGUAUCAAGGAUUCAACAGAAGCUACAGAAGACUUAUUACCUGGUUCAUGUUAUUGUAAACCUGGCUAUGGAGGGGAAAAAUGUAAUCAAUGUGAUUUGGGAUACACCGGAUAUCCAUAUUGUGAAAAGUGUAAUUGCAGUAUUGCAGGCAGUAUAAAUGAAGACCCCUGUAUUGACCAAUGUAUUUGCAAGGAAAAUGUACAAGGAAAUAACUGUGAUGUGUGUAGAAAUGGGUUCUUCAACCUCCAGCGUGACAAUCCCAGAGGUUGUGAUCAGUGUUUUUGCUCUGGGGUUUCAAACAUCUGUAUAGAUUCUCGCCUUACUUACACCAAGAUCACUGAUAUGAAUGGGUGGUACCUUACAGAAUUAUAUGGUGACAAUAAGGUUGCACCUACUAAGGAUAGAUUUGAUGGACCCCAGCAACUGAGCAUUAGAAAAGUAGAUGCCCAAUCUCAAGGUCUUCUGGAUGUUAUUUACUGGGCUGCUCCGUCUCCAUAUUUGCACAAUAAAGUUGCAGCAGUGGGAGGACUUUUAACCUACACAAUCUCAUACGACACAGCUGUAAAGGAGGAUUCUGCAGAAGUAACAGAUCACCCAAAUAUCUAUAUUGAGGGUGAUGGCAUAAAGAUUAGCAGCCUACAAGAAACUGACUUCCGACCAUAUGAAGAAAGCACACAAAAAAUAGUUCUACGCCCAGAAUUUUUCAAAAUGCAUGGGACAGGAUAUCAAGUCAGCAGGAAUGACUUCAUGACAGUUCUGGCAAAUAUUAACAAACUUCUCAUCAGAGCAACGUAUAGUAAUCAACCAGAUGCCACCUACAGAUUGAGUUCUGUUACCCUUGAAGUAGCUGAAGAAUCUCCAGCUGGUGGACGCACAGCAUUUGAUGUUGAGAUCUGUCGGUGUCCUUCUGGAUUUAGUGGUACAUCUUGUGAAAAAAGAGAUGAAGCUUAUGCUCCACUUAACCUUCCACUUAAAGGUGAUGUUAAGUCCUGUUUGCCAGGACACAGACGGGUUAAUGGCACAGUCUACAGAGGGACAUGUGAACCAUGCCAAUGUUUUGGUCACUCUGACUCAUGUGAUGAUGUUACCGGAUUCUGCAAAAAUUGCAAGCACAAUACCUAUGGCCGAUUCUGUGAUUACUGUCUGCCAGGCUUCUAUGGCUUUCCAGCUAACGGCACAGAAGGAGACUGCCUGCCAUGUUCUUGUCCUAUGACGAUAAAAUCUAACAAUUUUAGUCCAACAUGUCACCUGGACCCAGUACGUGGAUUAAUUUGUGAUGCCUGUGCUACAGGAUAUACAGGGCAGCGUUGUGAACGAUGUGCUGACGGGUUUUUUGGCCAGCCAUUUGUGCCAGGUGGAUCAUGCAAACCCUGCGAAUGCAAUGACAACCUUGACCUUUCAGCCCCAGGCUGCUGCGACAUUGAGACAGGAGCCUGUCGUAUAUGUAAGCCAGGUGUUACUGGGGAAUAUUGCGACAAAUGUGCAGAUGGAUAUUUUGGAGAAGCUCUCGGACCAAGCAACUGUCAGCAGUGCAAUUGUAAUGUCAAUGGUUCUACAUCCACUACUUGCAAUCCUCAGACCGGACAAUGUGACUGCAGAAGAAAUGUGAUUGGGCGCCAGUGUGAUGAGUGCUUGCCAAACUGCUGGUGGGACUCUGAGAAGCAGGUAUGUCUGCCUUGUACCUGCAGCAUCAGUGGCUCAAUGUCCCAGCGCUGUGACAUUACAGGGAGAUGCAUCUGUAAACCAGAGUUUUUUGGGAAACGUUGCGAGUACAGAAGGCAGGUAUAUGAGAUAAAAGAUCCCUCUCGGAAAUCCCCAAAUAUCCAGGCUCCACCUAGAAGAGGGAGCUUCCCCACAUCAAGAGGUUGUCCCCGUGGUGCUUACAAACCAGCUGUUCUGCCACAGACGUAUGGCCCUGUUUUCUCGCAGGGAUGUAUUCCUUGUAACUGCAACUCCUUCGGUUCCAAAUCAUUUGAUUGUGAUGAUAUAGGUCAAUGCCGUUGUCAGCCUGGAGUGUCCGGUGACAAGUGUGACCAUUGCGCUCGUGGAUUUUAUGACUUUCAAGAAGGAGGAUGUACCCCUUGUGAUUGCCCUCAUGUUGGGAAUAAUUGUGAUGAAGAAACUGGUCAGUGUGUUUGUCCUCCCAACACCAUUGGAGACCAAUGUGAUAAAUGUGCAUCAAAUCACUGGGGAUACAGCAUUAUCACUGGAUGCAAGGCUUGCGACUGUGCUGGUCCAGGAUCUCUAAGUACACAGUGUAAUCCAGACACAGGCUGCUGUUUCUGCCGUCCAAAUUUCUUUGGGGACAAAUGCAAUACUUGCAGAGUGGGAUACUGGAAUUAUCCGCACUGUGUUAGCUGUGAUUGCUUGUUGGCGGGAAGUAAACCGGAGAGCUGCGAUCAAGAAACACAUAAAUGUCCCUGUGCUGAAGUGACAGGACAGUGCAGCUGUAAGAUAAAUGUGGAAGGAGUCCAUUGUGACAGAUGCAAGCCCAGCACUUUUGGACUUCACGUAGGGAAUCCACUUGGUUGCAGCAGCUGCUACUGCUUUGGCCUGACUACCCAGUGUAAAGAAGCAGAUGGACUGAUCCGGAUGUGGCAAACACUAAAGCCUGAUCAGACAGUGCUGGAAUUGACAGACUUUACCCUGCAGCAAAGGACCACUAAAGGUGUAUUUUACCAGCAUCCAGAGAUAAUAGCACUCAUUGAUCAAGUAAAUCAAGACCUGCAAUCUGAACCAUUCUAUUGGAAACUGCCACAGCAAUUUCAGGGUCGAAAGCUUACAGCUUAUGGAGGAAAACUGAAAUAUACUAUUUACUUUGAAGCCCGAGAAGAAACUGGACCUUCAGCUUAUGAACCUCAAGUUAUUAUUAGAGGUGGUCCUGCCACAAACCACAGAAUAAUUGUGAGACACAUGCCUGAUCCUCAAAAUGGACAGCUGACAAGACAUGAUGUUGAACUGACAGAGUUUGAUUGGAAACAUAUGGAUGGAGGACCUGUUAGUCGUGAAGACUUCAUGGAUGUUCUAUAUGACAUACAAUACAUUCUAAUUAAGGCAUCAUAUGGUAGAGUUUUGAGACAAAGCAGAAUUUCUGAAAUAUUCCUGGAAGUUGCAGAAGAAGGGACAUCUUUCAGCAUAAGUCCCAGAGCUAACCUGAUAGAGAAAUGUGAAUGCCCAGCUGGGUACUCUGGGCUUUCAUGUGAGGCAUGUGCUCCUGGUUUCUACAGAAGAGUUCCCACAUCACCUGGCAGAAGAGAUGGCCCAACACUUGGUACCUGCGUGCCUUGUCAGUGUAAUAAGCACAGUAAUAUUUGUGACAUGCACACUUCUGUUUGUCAGGCCUGUAGGCACAACACUGCAGGGGAUCACUGUGAGAUAUGUGCCUCCGGAUUCUAUGGCAUUGUCAGAGGCUCCCUUGAUGACUGCCAACCAUGUGCUUGUCCCCUGCAAAUCUCUAGCAAUAACUUCAGCCCAACAUGCACCAUGCAAGGAACUAAUGAUUACAGAUGUACAGCUUGUCCUCUGGGAUACGAAGGCCAGUACUGUGAAAGGUGCGCAUCUGGUUAUACUGGUAACCCAAGUAUUCCAGGAGGUUCUUGUCAGGAAUGUGAGUGCAACCCUUAUGGUUCAUUGUCUAGGAUCUGUCAUUCAAGCACUGGCCAGUGCACGUGUAAACCUGAAGCUACAGGCUUGAAGUGUGGAGGCUGCACUGACCGGCAUGUGCGAGAGGGCCCGCUGUGUGCAUUUUGCGAUGAUGAAUGUACCGGCCUACUUCUUGAUGUCUUGGAUCAGCUAAACCAGAUGGUCAUGAGCGUCAAUCUUUCUGGCCCACUGCCUCCACCCUACAAAAUGCUGUUUAGCUUUGAAAAUGAGACUCAGGAAUUAAAGCAUUUACUGUCACCUCAACGAGCUCCUGAAAGACUGCUCCAGCUGGCACAAAACAACCAAGAUACUCUUGUCAUUGAGAUAGAUGAGCUACUGAACAGGGCUACAAAAGUAUCUGCAGAUGGAGAACAGACUGGGAAGGAUGCUGAAAGGACAAAUGAGAGGGCAAAACAACUGGAGGAUUUUGUAAAGGACACCCUGCAGACAUCAAAGGACUUAUAUGACAAAGCCGUAAAGUUGAAUGAAACACUGGGUAUACAGAACAAAACACAGGACAAGAGUUUCCAGGAGUUGCAGAGGGACGUUGACAAGAUGUUGACUGAGCUCAGAAGAAGAAUGUUUAAGAAUCAGGAGAAAACAGCCGCAGAUGAACUAAAGGCAGCAGAAGGUCUUCUCAAUAGAGUGAAAAAAUUAUUUCAGGAUCCUCAUAACAAAAAUAAUGACUUAAAUCUAGAGGUAAAGGACAAGUUAAGCCAGUUUCAAGACAAACUAGAUGAUGUGUUGGACAUGCUGCGAGAAGCCCGGGCGAAGAUAAAAGAAUCUGACCAUCUUUCUGCUGUCAAUCAACGUAAUAUGACUGCAUUGGAGAGAAACAAGCAAGCUGCUGAGAAAGGCAAGAAAGAGUGUGAGGAGAUGCUGGGCAAAGCCGAGGACAUCAUGACAGAAGUCAAUAACUUAGCACAAAAUGUCAAUAAUGCAGAAAACGACUUGACUGAUAUGAACAAUGAACUUCCACUACUGACUGAACAAUUAAAUGAAAAGAUAAAUGAUCUUGCUAAUGAACUUCAGAGGAGAGACCUCCCAGAACAGGUACUCCAGGCAGAACUGCAUGCUGCUCAACUAAAUGAGUCUUCCGCAAAACUGGAUGGAAUCCUUGCUGAAGCUAAAAAUCUCUCAUUUAAUGCUACGGUGGCUUUCAAAGCAUACAGCAAUAUCAAGGACUUGAUUGACGAUGCUGAGGAUACUGCAAAGGAGGGUAAAGCCAAGGCAAAUGAAGCAGUAGACCUGGUCACUGGCCCACAAGGAUCCUUGAAAGAUGAAGCAAAGAGCGCUAUACAAAAAAGCUUCCGGGUUCAUACUGACGCUAAAAGGCAGUCUCAAGAUUUACAAGAAAAUGAAAAUGACCUUGAUGCAAUGAAGAACAGGCUGCUAAAUGCAGAUGAGAAAAACCAAAACUUGGUGAAGGCUCUGAAUGACACAUUUGGGAAGCUAGCUGCUAUCCCCAGUGAUACAAUGGUGAAGAUUCAGACCGCAAAAGACAAAGCCAAGCAAGCAAAUGAUACUGCCAACGAUGUUCUUGCACGCAUCAAAGAUCUUAAUCUGAAUCUCCUGGGGUUGAAACAGAACUACAGUGCACUGAAAGAAGACGUAGCUAAAACCAAUGCUGUUGUAAAAGAUCCGGUUGAAAAUGUUACAGAUGCAGAUGACAGCGUUAAACAUCUUGAAAAGGAAGCUGAUCGAUUACUGGAUAAACUUAAACCCAUCAAAGAGCUACAGGACAACCUGGGGAAAAACAUCUCACAGAUCAAAGAGCUGAUAAACCAAGCACGGAAGCAAGCCAAUUCUAUCAAAGUUUCAGUGUCCUCUGGAGGUGACUGCAUACGUACGUAUAAACCUGACAUUAAGAAAGGCAGGUACCACACAAUCAUCCUGAAUGUGAAAACAGACACCCCUGACAAUCUACUGUUUUUCCUUGGAAGUAACAAAUUUACUGACUUCCUUGCAAUAGAGAUGAGGAAAGGAAAAGUUAACUUUUUGUGGGAUGUAGGAUCAGGAGUCGGGCGGAUUGAAUAUCCUGACCUAAAUAUCAAUGACCAGUACUGGUACAGAGUGGAAGCUUCACGAUCAGGAAUUAAUGGAACUAUUUCAGUGCAAGCACUAGAGGGUCCUAAAGCCUCUAUAGUGCCAGGCAUGCACAGCUCCACUUCACAGCCCGGGUAUACCAUUCUGGAUGUAGACGCAAAUGCUCUGCUUUUUGUUGGUGGUUUGACUGAAAAAAUAAAGAAACCCGAUGCUGUUAAAACAACGACAUUCUCUGGCUGUAUGGGAGAAACAUUUCUUGAUAACAAGCCAAUUGGACUGUGGAAUUACAGGGACAGAGAAGGUAACUGCAAAGGCUGCUCAAUCAGUCCACAGAUUGCAGACAGUGAAGGGACUGUCCAGUUUGAUGGAGAAGGAUAUGCCCUGGUCAGCCGCCCUGUUCGAUGGAACCCUAAUAUUUCUACAAUAAUGUUCAAAUUCAAAACAUUUUCUGCAAAUGCAUUGCUUAUGUAUCUAGCAACAAAUGACUUGAAAGAUUUCAUGAGUGUCGAGUUGAGUGAUGGACGUGUAAAAGUUAGCUAUGAUCUGGGAUCAGGGACGGCCUUUGCAGUUAGCAACAGGAAUCAUAAUGAUGGAAAAUGGAAAUCUUUCACUCUCUCCAGAAUACAGAAGCAAGCCAACUUUUCCAUUGUGGACAUGGAAAACAACGAGGAGGAUAAAACAACUUCAACAUCAACUGGAAGUAACUUUGGCCUUAAUCUAAAAGCUAAUGAGAAGAUCUAUUUUGGAGGUCUGCCAGUACUCAGAAAUCUAAGGCCAGAAGUUAAUUUAAAGAAGUAUGCCGGAUGUCUAAAAGAUAUCGAAGUCUCCAGAACACCGUACAAUUUACUUAGCAGCUCUGACUAUAUAGGACUAACAAAAGGCUGUGCUCUUGAGAAAAUAUAUGUAGUCAGUUUUUCAAAGCCAGGAUAUAUAGAACUGCCGCCAGCAUCACUGGAUGUUGGAACAGAAAUUACAUUGUCAUUCAGCACCAAAAAUGAGUCUGGAAUGAUUUUACUUGGCAAUGGAGCGAAUCUCAUUUCACCAAGAAGGAAACGUAGGCAAAGUGGGCAGGUUUUUUAUGCAGUCUUUUUAAGAAAAGGAAGACUGGAAGUUUCUAUCCCAGGGCCUAAAGAGUUACAUCGCAUAACCAUUAGACCUGAGAAAGGAGAAUUCCAUGAUGGCAAAGAACAUUCUAUCCGAAUAGAAAGAUCAAGAAACAUAUUUACAGUGCAAGUGGAUGAGGACAGAAGUCAGAUACUGAAAAUACCUGCCGGUCAUCCCAUAAGUGUGAAGAAGCUCUAUGCAGGUGGCAUUCCUUCUGAUGCACAGUUUACUCUGUUCAAGAGCAUACCAGCCUUUGAAGGAUGUAUAUGGAAUCUUCUCAUAAAUUCAGUACCAAUUGACUUUGCUCAGCCAGUGUCUUUUGAAAAUGCAGAGAUUGGACAGUGCCAAACUCUGCUGCCAGACCGGGAAGUAGAAGGACAUACAGACAAAAAUGCCACACAGGCAUUAGUUCUUCCUGAGUCUGGGGCAACUGGUUCACCUCCUGUUCCACCUACUGAGCCUGACAACAUUGAAGUGAAGAGCGCCAAUAUCACAGACGAGCUUGAUUCCACAACGGGUUGCGCUGCUGAUACAAGGCCAGAUAUUGUGAAAGGAGGGAAGCAGUUUGGACUCUCCAGAAACAGCCACGUGGCACUUGAAUUUGAUGACACAAAAGUAAAAAAUACUCUUUCGAUAGAGCUUGAACUCCGUACUAAAGCAGACACAGGAUUACUUUUCUACAUGGCUCGUAUAAACCAUGCUGAUUUUGCCACUGUCCAAAUUAAAGAUGGGAUGGCUCACUUUAGAUAUGACCUUGGCAGUGGAGAUACGACCACAAUGGUUCCUCAAAGAGUUGAUGAUGGAGAGUGGCAUAAGAUAAAUAUAUUCAGAACAAAGCAGACAGGAUAUCUAUUUGUUGACGGAAUUGCAAACAGCACAAACAGUCCUAAGAAAGCAGACAUUCUGGAUGUGGUGGGCAUGCUGUACGUUGGCGGCUUGCCUAUUAAUUAUACUACCAAAAGGAUUGGCCCGGUUCUACAUAGUAUUGAUGGCUGCAUCAGGAAUUUUAGAAUGGUAGAGGGAAAUACAGAUUUUAAUAAACCCACUUCCAGCUUCAACGUAGGCACAUGCUUUGCUAAUCCACAGAAAGGAACCUAUUUUGAUGGGUCAGGCUUUGCAAAGACAGUUGGAGCUUUUAAAGUAGGCAUGGAUCUGAUAAUAGAACUGGCAUUCCGCACAACAAGGACCAAUGGUGUUCUUCUUGGGAUCAGUGGCAAAAAGAUGGACGGACUAGGCAUUGAACUAGUGGAUGGUAAACUUCUUUUCCAUGCAGACAAUGGAGCUGGCCGUUUCACAGCAGUUUAUGAGCCGGAGCUGUCAAGUAGCUUAUGCGAUGGUCGGUGGCACAAAGUGGUGGCAAAUAAAAUAAAGCACCGCUUGGAGAUGAUUGUCGAUGACAAUAAAGUAGAAGCUAGAAGUCCAAACGCUGCAUCCACAUCUGCAGACACUAAUGAUCCAGUCUUUGUAGGAGGCUAUCCUGAAAGUGUAAAACAAUUUGGCCUGACCACUAAUGUGAGCUUUAAAGGCUGCAUUAGAGAUCUCAGACUUACCAAGGGCACUGCUAAAGCACAAGAGAUCAACUUCAGCAAGUCCCUGGAGAUAAAGGGAGUGCAGCCAUUAUCGUGCCCUUGAUCUAACCGAUGUCGUCGUGACCAACAACGGAACCAUGUUUUGAAGUGUCUGUGUGUAUGCAUGGUAACCCCGUGCAAUUGCCAAUGGGUGCUAUAUACUGUAUGUUCAAUAUAAUUCAUAAAAAAUAUUUCCCCCAUACCGAAUGUUAAAUAAAAGAACAUUUCAAUAAUCAGAAGAAGUGUACCAAUAAUUUGUAUAAAGAAUAUACAUGGUUAGAGAUGGCAACAAGGUGGAGAUAAGAUGUAAGAAAGUAAUAAAAAAUAAAGAAUUGCACUCUGCAAUGAGGCUUCAAUGA